CCGAUCGGCUCGACCGAUCGUCCGCCACGUGUCCUAUCUACGUCUUCUCCCUUCCUCUCCAUCUCCAGUUGUGACUGCUUCCUCCUUCGCUACAGAGGAGGAAGACGACUCUUUAUCGCUCUCAUCCCCUCCUGCAUCUCUCGCCCCUUCUCAUACCCCGUCCCCAUAGCCAUCGCCAUGAGUUUUCUUACUGAGCAAGCUCUCGGCGAUCACAUGCUAGCGCCACGUGGCGACAUUUCGGCAAUUCAGCAAGUUUGUCGUCCGCGGCUCAGUCCAGAUCUACUCCCACUCGCACAGUUCUUCAGCACCACCGCGGUGUACGAGGCGGCGAAGUUCCGAUUCACGGGCCAUCGUCAAGCGAUCGUGUUGGCAGAGGCGUCGGCUGUUCGACGGCUGUCGGCACGGGGAGUUCGCCACGUGUCUACCGUUGUCAUCUUCAGCGGUGAUAUUAGCGCAAUCAACCCUCUACGACACACGGCCAUCCGGACAUCACUAAGGGAGUGGGGCCAGCAGCUUUGCAACAGAGUGGAAUCAGUGGCUUACGCGCCGCGGCGACAAUCUUGUCCCCACGGACGGCAUCGACGUCGGAGGGCUCCGAACGUCUCGGCACGAGCCGGCGGUGGUGCUUCCGGAGCUCACGAAAGUCCAGUGCCGCACGUCCUCCAGCAAAGAUUAACGCCCUACUUGCAGUGGUCAGCCUGCUUAGAGGAUCGGACGGGAGGUGGCAGCUAUCCAUCGCGCACAGAGUACCUGAACCCUCGAGGGAUCAUUGACACCCUCUUCUUUUCGCCCCGAACGGCGGUGGACGAAAGAGCGGUGGCGGAAGAAGCUGAGGUGGAAGAUGAAAGUGAGGAGGAGACCUCGGAAGAAUCAGGGAGCUACAGCGAAUACAGCGCGGAAGAGUCGGGUGGUGAAGAAGAAGAAGAAGAAGAGGAUCAGUUGGAGGAAGAGGAGGAAUCUGAGUGGGAGACUUUGGGUGAAGAGGCGGAUCGCGCAGAGACUCAGGAGGAGGAUCCCGAGGCGGCACGAAAGAGAGAGGAGAUCGCAGCCAGGAAGCAGCCACUGGAGUUCGCAAGUGGUGUGGAUCUGCCGAUCCCAAACGACCCGGCUCACCAAGAACGACAAUGGGGACCCUCCUGCCGAGACUUCGAGCGCACCGGCGCGCAGGCGACGGAGCAAAUCCCAAUCCCCAUCCCUCCGUCCCCCAGUUCGAGCACUUUCGACAGUGCCAGACAACUCAAUUAAUGAACUCAAUCGAAAAGCGAGAGCUUACCUGUGGUCAGGUGACCCAAAUAGAGUAAAUUGCAUCCCCAAGA